UAUACAAAAAAUGUAUUCUGAUAUGUAGUUACGAUUAACUAUGACGUUAUAACAGAUUUAUAUCGAUUUAAGAUUAAAAAAGUAAUAAAAAAUGCCGGCGGUAAUCGUGGGACCUCCGCAACGGAGCGAACAAAUGUGGCAAGCAUUAAAGGCCCACAUUACAAGGGAAAGGCAACGAAAAAAACAAGAACAAGAAGCAGACGCAGAGGAAGAACGGCUAAGAAAGGAAAGAGAACGCCAACAAAAGCAGGAUGUAAUGACCUUAGGUGAAACUAGAGAACAAAUAUCAAACCUGGAGAAUGAGCUUUCACAAUUAAAAGAUGAAAAACACCAAUUGUUCUUGCAGUUAAAGAAAGUUUUAAACGAAGAUGAUAAUAGAAGACGACAGUUAAUUAAAGAAACAAGUGUAUGCUCUGAAGUAUUAACAGCAGUUGGAGGAUAUCCUGGAGCAGGUCCUAGAGUGGUUCAUCCACAAUUGUUUCUUCCAUUACCAAGAAGCAGCAGCCCCCUUUACAAAGUUGCUGUUGGUGCACCAACACAUACUUUAUUACCAAAUGGGCCAUUAAAGAGAACACAUAGUCCUUCACCACCACCAACUGCUUCCCCAUAUCAUGCUGGUUAUGGAUAUAAACCAACACCUUCAAUUCCAAGUUAUAAUCCUCCACCUUCCAAUGUUUGUGCCUCUAUAGAAUCUGAGGAAGCAGCUAGGAGAUCUGGCGAUUCCCGAGCUGUUCUCUGGAACAAAAAUAAUCAAUAUUCCGCCUCGAAUUUUUAUUCAGCCCCUACUGGUCAAAGUGUUUAUAGUUAUUCCGCGCCGACAUCGCAACCAUCUCGAGAACCUGAACCAGCUAAAUCCGUGUACCUUUCAGGCAACAGAGCAACAUUAUCGACACACCAAACUGCAUAUGUGACAAGUUUGCAUUCACUGGAUCAUAAAGGUGCCUAUGCAGAAGAUAAGUUUUAUUUGAGGCCAAGCAGCCACGUUACAGUUCAUGGUGGAGCUAUCCCAAUUCAACAACCACCACAAGGAGCAAAGACUGGAGGAAUUACAUCAGGGUAUCCAGUAAGAGCGCCACAACCACCGCCUGCUCCAUAUCCGCCACCACCACCAGGGACUUAUGUUAGUGCCUCUGGUGCUAAUGUUCCUGGACGAUUAUUAUAUACUCAACCUGGUGCACGUUAUCUCCAGAGGGAAGUUUAGGAUAUAGAUCUAUGA